CGCGGGGCAGCGGGCGCGAGAGGCAACGGCGGCCGCGCGGGGCCGCGACGCACCGCACCGGGCCGGAACGCGCCGCGCCGGGUGAUCUUGAGUUCUUCUUAACUUGCUAGUGCUCAGCCUCCUCAUGCCUCCAUCUCCUUUAGACGACAGGGUAGUAGUGGCACUUUCGAGGCCAGUGAGACCUCAGGAUCUCAACCUUUGUUUAGACUCUAGCUAUCUUGAAUCUGCUUCUUCUGCCAGCGAGAGCCACCCCAGUCUGCUCGGCGCAGCUGUUGUGUCCCUAAAGACUGCUAAUCUCACGUAUAUGCCCUCAUCCAACGGCUCUGCACGCUCCCUGAGUUGUGGAUGCAGCAGUGCCAGUUGCUGCACUGUGGCAACGUACGACAAGGACACUCAGGCCCAAACUCAAGCGAGCGCCGGAGCCUCCACCGCCUGCCCCGCCAACCAAAUGGUCAACAGCAAUGAGAACGCCGGCAGCCUGAGCCCGCUGGGCGGCGUGGGCAGCCCCAUCUCGGGCACCACCAAGCAGCUCGCUAGCAUCAAAAUCAUUUACCCCAACGACCUGGCGAAGAAGAUGACCAAAUGCAGCAAGAGCCACCAACAGAACCAAGGGCCUGUCAUCAUCGACUGCAGGCCGUUCAUGGAGUAUAAUAAGAGCCACAUCCAAGGGGCAGUCCACAUUAACUGUUCCGACAAGAUCAGCCGGAGAAGGCUCCAGCAGGGCAAGAUCACCGUCUUGGACUUGAUCUCCUGCCGGGAAGGCAAGGACUCCUUCAAGAGGAUCUUUUCCAAAGAAAUAAUAGUUUAUGAUGAGAAUACCAAUGAGCCAAGCAGAGUAAUGCCUUCCCAGCCGCUCCACAUAGUGCUGGAGUCACUCAAGCGAGAAGGCAAGGAACCCCUGGUCCUAAAAGGAGGACUCAGCGGUUUCAAGCAGAACCACGAAAACCUCUGCGAUAACUCCCUCCAGCUGCAAGAGUGCCCGGAGGGGGGAGGAGGGGGCGGCGCGUCCGCCGUGCCCCCCACGCUACCUCAGUCCAUCCCCACCACGCCAGACAUAGAGAACGCUGAGCUCACCCCCAUCCUGCCCUUCCUCUUCCUUGGAAACGAGCACGAUGCUCAGGACUUGGAGAAAAUGCAGAGGAUGAACAUCGGCUACGUCAUCAACGUGACCACCCACCUGCCCCUCUACCAUUACGAGAAAGGCUUGUUCAACUACAAGAGGCUCCCAGCCACCGACAGCAACAAGCAGAAUCUCAGGCAGUAUUUUGAAGAGGCUUUUGAGUUCAUUGAGGAAGCUCAUCAGUGUGGAAAAGGUCUCCUCAUCCACUGCCAGGCUGGUGUCUCCCGGUCUGCCACCAUAGUUAUCGCCUACUUAAUGAAGCACACGCGCAUGACCAUGACGGAUGCCUACAAAUUUGUAAAAGGCAAACGACCAAUCAUUUCCCCCAACCUUAACUUUAUGGGGCAGUUACUGGAGUUCGAAGAAGACCUAAACAACGGUGUUACACCGCGAAUCCUCACACCAAAGCUCAUCGGCGUAGAGACUGUCGUGUGACGGCGAAGCUGCGAGGAGUAACCUGUUCUUCAGCUGAUACGGGGCAGUGACGGGUGGGCUGUGGGUGUUUCUUUUUAGCUUUCAAGGGGGCAGGGGGGAGGUUGUGGCAAACCUUUUGUGAAUAAAAACCUUCUUUUUGUUUUUUUUUUUUCUGUAAGGAAAGGUUUUUUAAAAGAGAUCCAAGAACUUUGCCGUGUUUGGGAUGCUGUGGUGAUUUCCUUCCCAGAUGCUGGCAGAACAGGGAGGCUUCAGAGAAAAAGCAGUACUUUUAAAAAUCAAAACAAGAAGAAGAAGAAAUAUUGGGCUUUUUUUUUUCUUGUUAUUUUUCCCCUCCUCUCCAGCUACUUGUAGAGUUUAUGGCUAAGUAGUCUGUGCAGGUUCAUAGACUGAAGAAACCUAAGUUGAAGACGAAACACAAACAGCCAAAACAAAGCAGGAAGAAAACCUCCCUGAGACAUAAAGGCCUUGGUUCUGCAGAGGCUUUGCUAAAGAUAACCUGGCAAAACGCUCACACUGAUGCAAAGGAAUCUGGAGCAGCUUAAAAAGUCUGUAAGGCACUUUUCACACUCCUGACUCAAACUAAAGAAGAAGAAGAAAAAAAAGUUUAUUUGGCGUGCUUCAUGUUCCAGUUCUAUUUUUCUAUUUUUGGGUGUAAGGUUUUAACAGUAAGGGACUUUGAUCAUUCUAUGCCAUAUGCCUUCACUGGCUUCUUGUGCAAUAAUAAUUUAGGAUUUGUUUUGAGUGUUCAAACCAAUUAGAGUUGGCUGCCCACUAAUAAUAAGAUAAUAAUUUUUAAAGUCUAAUAGUGCAACGGCAGCCGGCUUGGUUCAGAAAGGAUAAAUGAGAGCAAUUACUUCGUUCCUUUAUAUGAUUUUGAUCCUGGUUACAGUGCCAUAAACCUUGUUACAUAUGUAUAUCAGAAUGUACAAAAAUGGAGAACGAGCAAAGUUUAUUUAAAAAUAUUUUUCGCACAAAAUACUGGUGUGUUUCAGUUGUCUAUGUAAAAAAAAAUUUGAUUAUAAAACAAAAAAUUUUUUGGAAAAUGUGUGACCUUUUAUUUCUUUAGCAAUUUUCCAUUUUCUUUCUGUGGGGUGGGUUUCUGUUGUGUUAUUUGUUUUGGUUUUUUGUUUCGGUGUAUAUCUCCCUUUGACAGCUGAUAUCUCUUGUUUGGCAUCUUCUCAGUGUUUCGUUCCCGUCCUCUGCUGGUGGAACAUGUUUUCUUUAUUUUUUUACUGUACUCUCACGUCCUUUAGUUUCUGUAACCAGAUUUUUCUUUCCUGGAAGUACAUGGGUUUUGGAGCUGUUCAGCUGAAUUAGCACCAUUGGUGAGGGCUUUUUGGGACAGACCUCUUAUUUCUGCAGCUCAGUAAUGAUCUGGAAAAAUAAGAAAUAAACAUUCUCCACUGAUUCCUUUUCAUCUUCCUCCAA